AGUAGUUUUCUUGUCAAUUUUUGGGGUUAAAAAUCACCGUGAAAAAAUAUACGGUGUUAAAAUUUUCUAGGCAUUUAACUUGCUCUUACUAAAUGUUUUAUUCCGCAAUAAGAACGAUACAGAAUGGAGUGUUUACAUCAUUGCAGAAUAACCUAUACAGGUCCACAUUGGAUUCAUCUUAUAUUUUACAGAAAAGAAAUUAUGCAGCUCGAAAAGGUACCAGAGAAAGGAGAAAGAAGGCCAAAGUGAAGGUGGAGGUACAAAAAGUUGGAUGGGUUCCCCAUAACCAGAGAAAAAAAGAGAGCCUUUUGAAAAAUCGUCAGCAGCGUAAGUUUGAUGACUCUUGGAUGAGAGACCCCAUUGAUGACGUCUACGUGGCAAAAUACUACAAGUGGACGGUGUACCCAUUUGAAGAAGCGGUCAAGUGUCAUCGGGAAACCCAUCACCCAGAAAUGUAUAAUAAACCCAAUGCCAACCUCCACGUGUCGAUAGAAUUGUAUAUGCAAGGAGAAAAACAGACUCGUUUCGUGGAAAACUUCUCCAGAAUCGCUGGCAUCCCUCACAAAUUCGACCACGGCGAAGAACGGCAGGUCAUCGCCUUCAGCAAAUCCCCUGAAAUCCAGAAAGAAGCCUCGGACGCCGGCGCUCAACUCUCCGGAGGUGUCGAACUCAUCAAGCAGAUCCAGAACGGUCAAGUUGCGAUGCAGGACGUCAAGUAUGUCGUAGCCCAUCCGGAAAUCCUGCCGGAAUUGGUGGUGCUGCGUGGUUUGCUGAAACGCAGAUUUCCCAACCCGAAAGCAGGGACGUUGGACGGGGACGUAGUGGGAAUGGUGCAUAGGUUCAUUCACGGUAUCAGUUAUACGGCUGUCAAGGACGAGUAUGAGAAGGAUUUCGGUCUGAUUGAAGCUGUUCUUGGACCGCUAUCUAUGGACGCCAAGCAUUUGGAGGAGAAUUUUGCAGCCCUGGUUAGAGACGUUAAUACCAUGAAACCAAAAAGAAAGGGACACUUCAUUUCAAGAUGUAUUUUGUGGAGUCCCCCCUCUCAAGAGUUAUUGAAAGUCGAUCAUAAUAUGUAUUUGGAAGAUUCAAAAGAAAAAACUGAUGAUAUAGAAGAGGAUGAAGAAGUAGUUGUCGAACAAGUUGUUCUGUAAUCUUUUUUGUUGUAAGAAAUACAGUUAAAGAAAAACUUUUA